AUGCCUCCCGCUGUAGUGAACGCUGCCUACGAGCCCACACAGAACUCUAUCACAAUUCCGGCGGGAAUUCUCAGAAUUCCGUACUUUGAUAGUGAAAGACCUGCUUAUCUGAACUAUGGUGCCAUUGGACUGGUUGUGGGGCAUGAAAUGACCCAUGGAUUUGAUGAUGAAGGCAGUCAAUUUGACCCGAAGGGUGAUCUCAUUAAUUGGUGGACUGAAGACAUCCGAAAACGUUUUGGAGAUAAGGCUCAAUGUUUUAUCGAUGAAUACUCGAGUGUUUAUGUGCCAGAAGUGCAAAUGAAUUUGAACGGCAAGAAUACCGUCGGAGAGAAUAUCGCAGACAAUGGAGGAAUGAGAGAGUCUUACCGCGCGUUUCAGUUGUAUGUCGAAAGACAUGGCGAACCGCAACGCCUGCCACACGUCAGUCAAUACACUCCGGAACAGCUGUACUUCCUUUCGCACGCAAAUGUUUGGUGUAGUCUUUGGAGACCAGAGGCUCUAAAAACUCAGAUCCAAUACGACCCGCACAGUCCCGGCAAAUACAGAGUCAAUGUUCCCGUCUCUAACUUUAAA